UGCGCAAGAGCUACAAAAUGAGUUAUGACUUGGGAUUUAUUUCUUACAGGCGACCCCGAACCGUGAUUUCCGAGUCGGUAUAUCAAUUUCUACAUGGGCUUCUAUACGGAGCCGCCUGGGGACUGGUCACUCCAAUUCCUGCCGUCGGCUCAGCAGCAGCGGCCAAAGCAGAAGCAGCAUCUGGCAUUUUUAGACCUAUUCCUCCCUUUGGGGCCCUGUCGGCGGUUCCUGCCAACGCUAUCUUUUUCGGCAGCAUCCUUGGCUUUCAACGACUGUGUGCCAAAAGUCUGGAGCUCGCAAGAAAGCAAGAAUCGAUCACCAACGAACUUUUCGGAUUCGGUAUGAUCUGGCCUUAUCAUCAAUACAUUUUGAAUCAUUCCGAGAGAAGGUUACGCUCACACAACCGGAUUGUUGGUGGUGCCUUGGCAAUUUCAGUUCUUUACGCCAACCUUUUGGCUUAA